AUUGAGGGAGUUUAACUUUCUUUCCCUCACCAUCUUAAACUCUUCUUUUCCUCUAACACAAAUCCUCUUCUGUAUUCUCCAAUGGCUGCCAAUGCGGAAGAACGUGAGAUUCAGAAGAGCUACUGGAUCGAGCAUUCUGCAGAUUUAACUGUGGAGGCUAUGAUGCUCGACUCCAAAGCUUCUGAUCUUGACAAAGAAGAACGUCCAGAAGUGCUUUCUCUACUCCCAGAAUAUGAAGGAAAAUCAGUUGUGGAACUUGGAGCUGGUAUUGGGAGAUUUACUGGUGACUUAGCUCAGAAGGCUGGUGAAGUUAUAGCCCUGGACUUCAUCGAGAGUGUUAUAAAGAAGAAUGAAAGUCUCACUGGUCAUCACAAAAAUGUGAAAUUCAUCUGCGCUGAUGUGACAUCCCUGGACUUUAAUUUUCCUGAAGGAUCUGUGGACUUAAUAUUCUCCAAUUGGUUGCUGAUGUAUCUUUCAGAUAAAGAGGUCGAGAAUUUGGCAGAGAUGAUGGUCAAAUGGUUGAAGGUUGGUGGGUAUAUUUUCUUUAGGGAGUCUUGCUUUCAUCAAUCUGGAGACUGCAAGCGAAGAAACAAUCCAACCCACUACCGUGAGCCUAGAUUUUAUACAAAGGCCUUUAAAGAAUGCCACACCAAUGAUGAUUCGGGGAAUUCAUUUGAGCUAUCUCUGGUUGGCUGCAAGUGCAUUGGCGCUUAUGUGAGAAACAAAAAGAAUCAAAAUCAGAUUUGCUGGACAUGGCAGAAAGUUGAUUCAGAGAAUGAUAGGGGAUUCCAGCGCUUCUUGGACACUGUUCAAUAUAAAUGCAGUGGUAUAUUGCGUUAUGAGCGUGUCUUUGGACAAGGAUUUGUGAGCACUGGAGGAAUUGAAACGACCAAAGAGUUUGUUGCAAAGUUGGAUCUUAAGCCAGGGCAAAAGGUUCUAGAUGUUGGCUGUGGCAUUGGAGGAGGUGACUUUUACAUGGCAGAGAACUUUGAUGUCCAUGUUGUUGGCAUCGAUCUCUCUGUUAAUAUGAUUUCUUUUGCUAUUGAACGUGCCAUUGGACUCAAAUGUGCAGUAAAAUUUGAAGUUGCGGACUGCACCAAGAAAACAUAUCCUGACAAUACGUUUGAUGUGAUCUACAGCCGCGACACCAUUCUACACAUUCAAGACAAACUUGCAUUGUUCAGAUCUUUCUACAAAUGGUUGAAGCCAGGGGGUAAAGUUCUUAUUAGUGAUUACUGCAAAAGUGCUGGAACACCAUCAUCGGAAUUUGCAGAGUAUAUCAAGCAAAGAGGAUAUGAUCUCCAUGAUGUAAAAGCUUAUGGCCAGAUGCUUAGAGAUGCAGGUUUUGACAAGGUUGUUGCAGAGGAUCGAACUGACCAGUUCAUACAAGUUCUGCAGCGGGAAUUACAUUCUGUUGAGAAGGGAAAGAACACCUUCAUCCAAGACUUUUCUGAAGAAGACUAUAAUGACAUAGUCGGAGGAUGGAAGGCAAAACUGGUUAGGAGUUCAUCCGGGGAGCAGAGAUGGGGCCUAUUCUUUGCCAAGAAGAAUUGAUUUCUGCAUCUCAUAUGUUAUUGUUGUUGUAGUUGUUAUUUAUUUCAGACUCUAGUUCUUUUUUUUUUUUCUUUUUUUUUUCUUUUUAGUUGCACAAUGAGAAGUAAUUAUCUUUCAUCUCGUAUCUAAUCCUACCUCAUUUACAUGCCAUGUAACUGGAGUUCUGGAUUUUUCACUCAUUCCAAUGGAAGGUGAUAACUAAUAAAUUAUUUACAUCGUU